AUGUGUUCAGUUGAAAGCUUACUUGGAAUAACUGUAACAGAAGAUUUUUUUUUAUACUUUCAAGUAAUUACGAUGCCUUCUAUAUCACAUACAACCGUCAACUCGUAUCCUGGACGUCGUGGUCACUCUUAUUGGAUAAGUUUUGAUUUUAAUCGUAAAUAUUGUGGAAAACGUUUAAAUGGGUAUAAAGGAAAAUUUAAUGGUCCGGGACCUCGCCAAGGAGAGUUUGCUUUCGUGAAAAUCCCAAAGAUUCUCGAUGAAAGUGAAAAAUGGUGCGACAUGGAAAUAUCCAAGAAUAGAAAAGCAAACGAACUGUCCAACAGUUUUUUAAGUUACCUUAGAAUAGAUUCACACCGAAUAGAUUUUACAGAUUCCUGGAAGGCUUUAAUGGAUGAUAUUUCGUGUCUAUCUAAAGACAUUCGCCCCAAAGAUUGGGUGUUAAUUGAAGAACGGAUUGGAAAAGACUGUUUUGAGUUUAUCAAUCAGAUUGGAAGGAGCGAUUUUGGAGGAUGUGAACUUUUGGAAGCAUUCGUUCAUUGGUCAAACUCUGUCACUAAUGGUAGACUGGUUAUUUGUAACCUUGAUGGAAUCCAAGAAGAUAAUGGUGCCUUUAGAUUGAAAACACCAACAAUUCACUCAGUUGAUGAAUCGUAUGGUGAAAGUGAUUUUGGUGAAAUGGGCGUCACAAAAGUAUUAAAGAGUCACCAGUGCAACCCCAUAUGUUCUGAUUGGAGGCUACCAUCAACUCAUUAUAAUGAUGAAACUAUAUUAAAAAGCAACAUUGAACCAUCAGCACCAUAUCUACCACAAUACGAUUGGAUGCCAUUUAACAACAAUUUACCACCAUCUUAUGAGGAUUGUUUGAAACACCCUUCUUAG